GUUAUUUGCUGAAAUAUAAUAAAUCAACUACAUCUCGGCGAAUUUUCGGUUGUUGAUAUAACUUUUACAACUUUCAAGUGAAAAGUUUUUAAUAUACAAAAAGUUCAUGGAAAAUUAAAUAACGGAAUUUUCAUUACUGACUGAAAUUUAAUCCCGCCUGCAAUUAAAGCAGUAUGGAUGUGAAGGCAUUAAUUGGUGACGUAGAUAUUUCUACGUCUGGGAAGGUGGAUGAAGUCUUAGAAUUAAUUAAGGGAAAAGAGGAAUGCAUCAAUAUUGAGUUGGAGGCUCUUCUUGCAAAACAAGAUCAUGUGGAGGCAAAAAUGAAUGGCAUUCAUAAAGCUUUAUCUGUGCUGCAGGAAGUUCUCAAAGAUUCCAACAAGUUGGAUUGGCAAAUAGUACACACAGCUCAGUUGGCGGAGUCAGUGAGUGCAAAAGUUCGCCGUUUAGAUUUGGCCCGAAGUCGAGUGUCUGAAUGUCAGCAACGGGUGCAUGACUUGAUUGAUUUGCAACUUUGUAGUCAAGGUGUUGAGAAGGCAAUACAGGAUGAAGAUUACGAAAUAGGUGCAGGUCAUAUAAGCCGUUUUUUAUCUAUGGAUUUGCAACUAUUAAAACGUACAGCAGAUGAUGUUCAAGGUUCAGUGAGCUCAGUAAGUGAGGCUGUACAAACCCUGGAGGCUGCAACUGUUGAAAUGCGUGAUUUAGUUGUGCGGCGUUUUGACGAAGCUGUAAAAAAGGAUGAUUUAGCUUCAGUGGAAAGAUUUUUCAAAAUUUUUCCUUUACUUGGCCGUCACGAAGAAGGAAUUGAAAAAUUUUCUUAUUACAUAUGCACGAAACUAUCCGCAAAAGCAAAAAAAGAAUUGAACAACGCAUUAGACAUCGCGAAAGCGGAAAAGCGGUUACCUGUAGCGUAUGCGGACGCUUUAACUUCUCUUUUAGAAAACUUUGCCCGUGUCAUUGAGGUUAAUCAACCGAUAGUAGAAGCGUGUUAUGGCUUGGGCCAUAUGUUACACAUGUUAACUGUUUUACAACGUCAAUGUGAUCUUGAUAUAAAAAACUUAAUUUUGGAAUUUAACAAAAACCGGAAAAUUUCCUUUCGUGUUCAGCAAGUUAACGAAAGUAUACGUAAUUCGCAAACCAAUUCUGCAAAUUCACCGUCAUUGGGACAUUAUCGCAAGGCAUCAGGCGGAUCAAUUGACAAAUUGAAUCCCAAAGAUUUAGAUGCAAUAAUAGCUGAAAUUACUCUUAUGCAUUCCAGGGCAGAGUUAUACUUUCGUUUUAUGAAACGUCGUGUAACGGCUGAUAUUGAAGCAUGUUCCUUAGAUGAAAAUGAACAGCAAGAUCAAAUGGAUAAACUGAGCAAACUAUUAGGUCAAUGCGAUCUUAGUCGCCAAAUGCAAGAGCUACUAGCAAUAUAUCUACUCUUGGAGAAAUACUUCAUGGAAGGAAGUGUAAUUAAGGCUAUUGCUUUAGAUGCUUAUGAGAAUGGUCAGCAAUGUUCAUCAAUGGUGGACGAUGUGUUUUUUGUAGUGCGCAAAUCUAUAAGACGCGCUCUCUCCAGUCAAUCGAUCAAUGGAACUUGCGCUGUGAUAAAUAACGCGGCAUCAUGUUUGGAAAGCGAUUUCGUAAAUGCCUUACGGUCGCCUUUAAAAGUCGGGUAUCCUUCGGGAUACAUCGAUUUGGCUCAGGCUUAUAAUGCUAUACAGACGACACUGCAGCAGGGUAAGCUGCAGUCUAACGACUCGGAAAAAGCACGAGUAAAUUUUUUGAUACAGUUAAAUAAUGCAGACAUGUCGACUGAGUAUAUCGAAACACUUUGGUUAACAAUGGAACAAGAAAUAGUUGGAACAUUUCCCGCCAUGUCUGCUGUAGAGCGUCAAAUAAUUGAUAGUUGCGUAGCUGAAUUAAAAUCCGUACGCGAUACUUUAAAAGCUUGUGUCGACUUUGGUAUGCAUCAGUUACGUUCAAGUGCUAUUAAGCCGCGCCUACACCCAUGGAUUGAUCAGUAUCUUAAUUACAAACACCAUUUAAGCGAGGAGGAGUUGGCAGCUUACGAAGCCGGCGAGACAUUUGUACAAUAUUUGAUCGUUCAGAUCGAUGGUUUCCUCAGUUCUUUUAAGCUGAUCCUAACUGUACGUAAUUACGAUGCUUUAGUUAUCAUUUUAGCAACCGAGUUAACGUCUCGUCUGGAGAGGGCUAUUAAAAAAUGCACUUUCAAUCGCUUAGGUGGCUUGGUUCUAGAACAAGAAAUUCGCGUUUUAGGUGCUUAUUUAGCAAACGCGACGUCUUGGUCCUGGUCUGUGCGUGACAAAAUGACACGACUAACACAAAUUGCGACAAUCUUGAAUUUGGAAAAAGUAUCGGAGCUUAAUGAAUAUUGGGAUCCAGAAAACUCUAGCGAGUCACCAUCGUGGCGCAUUACGCCAAACGAAGUUCGCACAAUUUUAACGUUAAGAACUGAUUUUCGUAUGGAGGAAAUUAAGCGCCUACGAUUUUAAAUAUGGGCAACUUUUGGAAUAAUCU